CACCAUUUGGCCAACGUUCGACUGAGUCUGUCCAGUCUUUCAGAUGCUCGCGCACAUUCAGCUCAGGCGCAGUUUUGUCAGUCUGCCACGCUGUUGGCAGCUACAAUGGCAGGCCAGCACUCGCAUACCAUGCCGCACCUUCGCGCAGGCAACCAAGUACAAUCGCGCAGAAAACUCUGAGGAGAAGCCAAAGCCAAAAGCCCACACCUCGUUGCGCCGUUCGGCGUCCGCGUCGCUGCCCAUCCGGUCAAACCCGACGCCUACGCGUAGCGAGAUUCGGCCUGUGUUCACGCUCGCGACGGCGGAGCGCUACCUGUUGUCCAAUCUCCGCGCACACCUCCCUGCGUCCGCGCGGAGGCUGCAUGAUUCGUGGUGGGUUCCUCAGUGGAAAGAUGACGGUCAGGAGGGCGAGAUCUUCAUCUUCGGGAACGGGAGCUUUGUGUGCUGGGGCCUGGGCGAGGACCAGGCGCGCAGGUUCGCAUGGAGUGUCCUGUCUAAGUCGAAAGCGGAAGUCGCUCCGCUGCGUGAGCCAGAGACGGAGGAUCUUGAAUUUGUGACGGACCCGGGAGAAGACACGCGGCUGCAAGGCGAUCUCAUCAUCUUGGGCCAAAGUCCGUCAUUGAGCUCAGACGAUGCCAUGCCUAGUGACCUACCGUCUUCUUCUCUGCCCCGAGAAACCGUCCUUGCCCGCUAUUCCUUUUCGCAGGCGCUGUCUCGCUCCACCGCCCUCUCCGCUCUCGAAGUGUCAUUGGAGAACUAUCUGUCGUCCAUGGCCCUCCUCCCAGACACCCUGCAACGCACUGGAAAACCGGGGUUGAGCCGCAGAGCGCUCGUCAUGAAGCUGGGAGGCCUUUUAAAGUUCCGCCAGGGUCUCAACUUGAACAGGGAAAAUUUCUCUGACACACCGGAUUUCUACUGGGCGGAGCCGGCAUUGGAAAAUUACUUCAAUUCUCUGAGUAAUGCGCUGGAGAUGCGGAACCGGACGCGGUCUGUGAACGACAAGAUCACUUAUGCUGCGGAGAUGCAGUCGGUCUUGCGAGAACUCCUAACGGAGACCUCAGCACACGACAUGGAGCUCAUCAUCAUCCUUCUCAUCGCCGUCGAGGUCGUCAUCUGCCUCAUUCGUGACGGUCCUGAGCUGUGGCACAUUGUAAUGGAUGACAAGGACACAGCGGAUGUCGAGUCGGCUCACAAACUCUGA